AAUUUCGUCUGUCAUCCUUCUCCUGCUGCUUUUAAUAUUUCUCUUAGCUUUUUCCUAGUUCGUGUUCCUGCAAAUUCCUCUCCUCUCAAGGUUUUCUUUCUCGGGGAAAUUUGAUUCAGAGAUGGCCGGUAGGGGGAAAACCCUAGGAUCUGGUGCCGCGAAGAAGGCGACCUCCAGGAGCAGCAAGGCUGGUUUGCAGUUCCCCGUCGGCCGUAUCGCCAGGUUCUUGAAGGCCGGCAAGUAUGCCGAGCGUGUUGGUGCCGGUGCCCCUGUCUACCUCGCCGCCGUUCUCGAAUACCUUGCCGCUGAGGUGCUUGAAUUGGCUGGAAACGCAGCAAGAGACAACAAGAAGACCAGAAUUGUUCCCCGCCACAUCCAGCUUGCGGUGAGAAACGACGAGGAAUUGAGCAAGCUUCUCGGAGACGUGACAAUUGCCAACGGUGGUGUGAUGCCCAACAUCCACAACCUUCUCCUCCCAAAGAAGGCUGGCGGGUCUGGAUCCAAGGCUUCUGCCGACGACGAGAGCUAAACCUGUCAAGAAGAUGAGGAAUCUUUUUCUUCAUCAACGGGAAUUCCAAAUUAGGGGGUUAAAGUUUGGUUUUUUGUUUUUGGCUUGUGUUCGCAAUUAUGAUAGUAGGAGGAAAGUCGCUAUCUUUAGUAGUUGUGGGGUUUAUGUUGAAUUAGUAGGGCAGGGUGUUGGAUUAGGUCUUAGGCGAGAAUGGUAGAGAAGUUAGUCUGUAAUUGAUUUGUGCUUUCUUCUACCUAAUUUUCUCUCUUUUCACUCAACAGCUUUUCUGCAGCUGCUUAUAUUGUAAAUUCACUGUUUUAGCUAGUUUGAGCUGCCUUGUUUCAAUCUUGUGCUCUGCUUCCCACUACCUUCCUUUUUCUUCUUAAAAAAUCCCCUUUAAGUUCUUUACUUCAUUGCAAUCAGAGCUGGAUGGUACUUCGCUUAUAAGUAGUUGGCUGGUUUAUGUUCAAUUGCAAUUUGCAACUGUAUUUUGCCCGGACAGAGAUGGGAAACUUCAUUUUAUGGGAG